AUGCCGUCUCCAGACCAGCACAAGCAGCGGCUGUCGUCGUGCGGCACGGGCUUCAACGUACGUCUAUGGUGCAACAAAGACCCGUGCGGUAUCGUGUGUGCUGUCAUCUCGUGGCUGCUGGUGCUCUACGCCGAGUACACUAUAGUGGGCGUUGUAGUGUACCCAUGGAUGGGUCUCUCACCUCUGAGUCUGCUUCAUAUCGUCUUGUUCUCGGGCAUUUGCUUCUUGACGCUUGCGUCCCAUGGAAAAGCAAUGCUAACCGAUCCAGGAGCUGUUCCAGAGUCGGCGCUGCCGCUGGCGUUGGCCCAUGCAUCAAAGGACGAGAUACAGAGACUAGAAGAGCAGAAAUACAGGACGUGUCGCCGGUGUCGUCAGUUCAAACCAAGGCGGGCGCAUCACUGCUCGGUCUGUAAUCGCUGCGUCAUCAAGAUGGACCACCAUUGUCCCUGGGUGAACAACUGUGUAGGUCUGGGCAACCACAAGUUCUUCCUGCUCUUCAUCUUCUACGUUUUCAUCCUGUCUGUCUACGCGCUGACGCUCGUGUUCUUCCGCUAUGCCAAAUGCAUAAACGAAUCAUGUCCUUCUUAUGGAGCAAUUCGAGUAGUCUGCUUGAUUAUGGAAUCCGUACUGUUUGGACUUUUCACCAUGUGCAUGAUGUGCGACCAGUACAGCGUGAUCACUACAGGAACGACGCAAAUUGACCGUUUAAAGGGCGAGGUAUCAGCUAGCCUAGGUCUGCGCGAAGUAUUUGGCGGUGCAGACUGCAAGUUUGCAUUGCAUUGGCUCCUUCCAGUAAACAUUUGGUUUCCCUCGUCUGUCAAGAACCAGGUUUUGGGCUACGUAUUGGAGCACGAGCUGAUCGUUUCCGAGGAUGAAGCCACAGAAAUGGAUACGUUUCUGGAAGACGACAGCGUACCUGACUCUACCGUCACGAUGACAACAGAAACGCUGGAGGGAGGGUGGUCGGUGGAGAAACGAGUGCCGGCUUCUGACACCUCGGACAUCGUGUAG